CCCGGAAGUCCGAUCCUAGCUUGGAGCUGCUGUUGUAGUUUUUUUUUGUUGCGCGUUUUCUUGUGAUGCGUUUCAACCUUUUUGGACGUCUUCUCAACAGCAUCAGUACAACAACCCGACGCCCGUAAAGACACCGUGACGCCGCACUCACACAGGAAGUAGCUCGUCAAUUAGCCACGUUAGCGCGUUAGCUAUUUAAUUAACGGUCGCUUGCCGUUGGUCUCAGCGGAUAUAACAACCCGUCGUGAUGUCUCUUAGCGCCGUUCACGCAACACUGUCGAGCCUGAAGUCUUGCCAGGCGGACAUUGGGACCGGAAUGGACAUAGUGACCGAUGUGGCGAUGGACCUGGCGGAAACUCAGGAUGAAGAGGGGAAUCCAGGCAUCAGAGAGAUGGAGGCCAUGAUUCUGGAGUGCGCCAAGCUGGAUCGAGAAAUCAACCACUUUGUUGACAUUGUGCAGCAAGUCACAGGAGAGGUUAACACACAGCAGCCGGAGGCCAUGUUCAGCCUGUCUGCCAAAGUGAAGGAGCAGUUCACAGAGAGAAUAGCCAGACUCUCCGACGCCGAGCUGCAGAAUCACCUGAAAGUAGUGGCCUUCAGGGAGAACGUCAAGAACUCUUUCAAUCAAGCCAGCCAAGUGUCGGUGGAGAACCCGGAGGAGCUUGAUGACGACAUCGCCGUUACACAGAGCCAAGUCAACUUCAGCUGCCCACUCACACAGCUGGAAAUGGUGAACCCGAUGAAGAAUAAGAAGUGUAACCACCACUAUGACGAAGGAGCCAUACUGGGCCUGAUCAAAACAAAGCAAAGCCAGAAAAAGAAAUGCCGCUGUCCUGUGGUGGGCUGUGGGAACACAGACGUGAGACAGGAAGAUCUGAUUCCUGACCAGAUGCUGAGGAGAAAGAUCCAGAGCCAAAAGAGACACGGCAACCCCGUCCGGUGAAUUCAAAUGUAACGUGGUGAUUUGUUUAUUUUUCAACUGGAGCAUAUUUUUUGUACUCUCGCUUUAUGUAAAUAAAAGCUGCAGACCUUUUCAUAAA